UCUCUCUCUCUCUCUCUCUCUCUCUCUCUCUCUCUCACUCUCUCUCUCUCUCUCUCUCUCUCUCUCUCUCUCUGUAAACACCGCCCCUUCUGUUUGCACAUGUUUCUCUCCGGUAUUUCAACACACAGCUCGGAGUAGGAUGGUGUCCACGCGCUUUAAACGCUGGACAUGAGGCCUUCCUGACUCUGCUGCUGUUGUAUAUGAGACGCCCUGCCGACUUUUCCCUUUGCCCUUCCACACUUAACCACUCAGAAUGGACCCCGCCACUGAAUCUAAAAGGACGGUUUGGGGUAAACUCCGGCAGAGAGCCAAGCCCCUCAUCCACUCCGUACGGGGCAAUGGGGGUCACAAGAGCCCCAAAAUCCCCCGCAAGCGGCAGGACAAACAGGAGCAGUGGAAGCUGGACCAGGGAAAGAGACUGAGCUGCUCAGUGCCGGACGUGAGUCGUCUGACCGAGACCUCGCCAGCCUCGGUCCAUAACCUCCAGACAACACCCUUAACGGACUCUCCGUGCUACAGCAAACCCUGCAGCCCAGUUUACCUGCCUCUACGACAGAGAGGGAGCAGCACGCCGGUUCCAGACGGCUUGCUGAAUGUACCUACAAUCUCUUCAGAUUGGACAAUCCAAAGGUCAGUCAACGGCAGUCAUGUAGAGGAGCAGGAUUCUUUUCUGGAGGCUUCAGAUGAGACGGAAGAGAGGGAGCCUGGUUCUCAGUCCACAGAGGAGGUGCCUUCACAGCAAGUGUUGGAGGACUCAACAGAGCAGAGAAAACGGAUUGAGGACAAUGACUCUGAUUCCCUUACCUUCCACGACACUGAGCAAAAUACUAUGGACAUGUCAGGAGAGACGGGGAGCAUCGGGGAGAGCCAGAGAGAACUGCAGAAGUCAUACUUGCUCUGCAUCAACCUAAGAGAAGGACGAGACCUCGUCAUAAGAGACCGCUGUGGUACAAGUGAUCCAUAUGUAAAGUUUAAGCUCGACGGGAAGACGCUGUACAAAAGCAAAGUGGUGUACAAAAAUCUCAACCCGGUCUGGAAUGAGUCAUUUUCAUACCCUAUCCGUGAUCUACAACAGAAACUUGAUAUCAAGGUCUAUGAUCGAGAUCUUACCACAGAUGACUUCAUGGGAUCCAGCAGUGUUGUUCUAAGUGAUCUGGAACUUGAGAAGCCAGUAGAAAUGGUGCUGCCACUUGAUGACCCCAACAGUCUGGAGGAUCAUAUGGGAGUGAUAGUUGUUGAUAUCUGUCUGUCAGUCAGAGAUGGAGACAGCAAGAAAAAUAAGUGGACUCCAAAAGGAAAACAAAACCAAAAGUCGGGCUCAUCACCACAGACCAAGCGCCUGUCAGAGUCUCUGAAGAAGAGCCAGCUGUGGACAGGAGUUCUGACCAUUACACUGGUGGAGGGUCAGAAUCUGCCUGUAGAUGGACAAGGAGAUGUGUUUGUGCGCUUCAGACUAGGAGACCAGAAAUUCAGGAGCAAGUCUCAGUGCAAAAGGCCCAACCCUCAGUGGAGAGAGAGGUUUGACUUCAACCAGUACCUCGAGGGAUCAAACAUUUUGGAGCUGGGUGUCUGGUCCAAAGAGGGAAGGAAAAAUGAAGAAUGUUAUGGAAUGUGUGAAGUAAACCUCUCCAUGUUGUCUGUGAACAAGCCCCAGCUGUUCACCUCUGCCCUGGAGCUGGGCCGAGGCAGGGUGGUGUUUCUGGUGACCUUAACUUCAUGUACCGGUGUGUCCGUCACUGACCUGUGUGCUCCACCGCUGGAGGAGGCAAAUGAAAGAGACAACAUGCUGAGUAAAUAUAGUUUGAGGAACUCCUUCAAGAACGUCCGGGAUGUUGGUUUCCUUCAGGUCAAAGUGAUCAAAGCAUCAGAUCUCAUGGCUGCAGAUUUAAAUGGAAAGAGUGAUCCAUUCUGUGUUCUGGAGUUGGGGAACGACCGGCUGCAGACUCACACAGUCUACAAAACGCUGAACCCUGAGUGGGAUAAAGUCUUCACAUUUCCAAUCAAAGACAUUCAUGAUAUCCUGGAAGUGACGGUCUUUGACGAGGAUGGAGACAAGGCCCCGGACUUCCUGGGGAAAGUGGCCAUUCCUGUGCUUUCAAUACACAAUGGACAAAUGAUUUCUUGCCCAUUAAAGAAAGAGGACUUGGGGAGUUUCUCCAAAGGAACCAUAUUACUGGAGCUUGAAGUUAUCUUCAAUCCUAUCAAAGCAAGCCUCAGGACUUUCAACCCAAGGGAGAGGAAGUUUAUGGAGGACAAUCCAAAAUUUUCCAAAAAGGUCCUGACUAGAAACGUUGUACGUGUGAGGAACAUCUACAGAGCAGUGAAUCAAGUCCUGCAGUCCAUCAAAAGCUGCUUCCAGUGGGAGAGUGUUCAGCGGAGUAUCAUUGCAUUCAUGGUCUUUGUUCUGACGGUGUGGUACUGGGAGUUCUACAUGCUGCCCCUGUUCCUGGUGCUCCUGCUCAUAUGGAACUACCUACAGAUCGCCAGUGAGAGGGUCUGCCUAGAACUGGAUAGUGUGGACAUUGGGGAUGAGGAGGAUGAAGAUGAGAAGGAAUCUGAGAGGAAAGGCUUGAUAGAGAAAAUUCACAUGGUUCAGGAGAUUGUCAUCACUGUCCAGAACCUACUAGAGGAAAUUGCAUGCUUUGCUGAAAGAAUAAAAAACAUGUUUAACUGGUCAGUGCCAUUCCUGUCCAAUCUGGCCUUUCUGGUUCUCAUCAUCGUCACAGUGAUCACGUACUUCAUCCCGAUACGCUACAUCAUUUUAUUAUGGGGUAUAAACAAAUUCACAAAGAAGCUGCGGAAACCGUACGCCAUUGAUAAUAAUGAAGUCAUGGAUUUCCUCUCCAGAGUGCCUUCAGAUGUUCAGAAGGUGCAGUACUUUGACCUGAAGCACAGUCACAUCCACAGCCCUGUCCGGAAAAAGAGAGCUAUCCAGUAGAUCCAGCACCUCAUCAUCUCAUCAGCUGAGACCCUGUUGCAGACACUACACUUCCCUUUAGUGUUCACUGCUAAUUUGAGUUUAUUCAGAUAAGCACUGGUGGACAGAAUGUGUUUAAAUGUAUUAUCUGUUGGAUUAUUAAUGUUUUAAAGCUGUUUUAAACUACUUGAAAUCAAACUGACCUCCACUAAGGGGUGUGUACAUUGCCAUUGAUACUGCUGGGUUAUAACCAAAGAAAAACUACUGCUUUCUUACCAGGGAUCAGGAGAAUGUAACACUCUGGCCAGACCUGGGUUUUAAUUGUACUGUCUAAUAUAUUUUUUAUAUUUUUAACCUAAACAAGAUAUCGUACUUGUAUCUUGAUUAUUUUAAGUAAUGUUAUCUAGUGCAUUGGUUCUCAUUUUCGGCAGCCAGGUAACAUUUAAGUGGGAACAAAUUAAUUAUGCUUAAUAACCUGGAUUUUAACUAAUUAAUUUAUGGUUUAUGAUGUUUUAUUAUUAUUUGUUAAUAUCUAUGACUUCUGCUGGAAUUGUCAGCUAACUCAUUCUACAGUCAGGCUAUCAGAAUGAUCAUUCUUAUUGUGUGAUUCAAACUAUAUUCACAGCUUUUUGUUUUGGCGUACAGUUUCCAUGAAGCAAGAGAUUUUUAGCUAUUUUUUACCUAAGAAUUAAAUGUAUGUAUCCAUCCUUCUUAUGUCAUGAUAACACAUACAGUAACAUAACUAGUAACACCCAAACAAUAACAUGGAGUACUACAGCAACACUUCGCAACUUGCUUAGACCCCAAAGCAACUAUCUGUGAAGCAAUUAGGCUAAACCAUUAAGCAACACCGUAACAACCACUAAGCAACCCAAAAGCAACCUCUCAGCAACACCAUAGUUGAAUUUAUUUUUUUGCACUUGUUUUAUUGAUGUUAUGAAUGAAGUGGUGUUGUGUAUCUAAUAACAUGUUUCUUUUGGCUCGUGUUAAAAUUCUGUACCCUAUACACAAUGGACCCCACUUUGAGAAUCAUGGCUUAAGGGAAAUUAAAGUAAGGUCUGUUUUAUUCAUUUAAAUUUAUUUUAUAAGUAGAAAUGCCUGGAAAUCAGUUAAAUAAUCAAACAGUCUUGCUAAAAGUUGUGACUUUUUGGAAUGUGUGUAGGUAGUUUGCCUCUGUGGAUGCAGGUUUGAUUGUAACUGGUUGAACCUGAUGCAGUCUGUUACCCUGAUUUUAUCACAUGCAUGGGAAUCCACCUGUGAAUCUCUGAAUCCGAUGUUUUAUGAGAGAGUGCAAUAUAAAGUUAUAUAUGAUUUAAUGCACAUAUAUACUCACAGUUGCUGCAUGUAAAGAUUCUAUAGUACAUGGUGAGAUUAAGUGGGUUUUUUUCUAGGUUCUAAAUGAUAAUGUAACUUUGAGAGAUUUUGGAAUAUUUAUGUAAAUAUAUAUUUUUGUACUCUUCAGCCUUUUUAAUGAUCAGGCAUCAUUAUAAAUGUACAGAUACUUUACCCGGAUCCCCCCAAACAAAUCUACAAUGGCACAUACAUACCCAGUUGUAUAUAUAUAUAUAUAUAUAUGCAAGUGCCUUAUGUGUGUAUUCUGUAUUAUUGUAAAUAGAACUAAAGAUAAACUGCACUUUCCUUACAGAAUAUGCAUCUACUUGUACUAUAGUAAAGUUGUAUUGAGAUGGAGUUUAGUGACAAAUACAAUCUUUAAUUUACAUUCACUCUUUUAAUCAUUUUAAUAAGCUCCGUUUAUGAAUGUACAACUAAUGAGUAGCCUAUUGAUUCCAAUGUUACUGCAGCAUGUUUUAUUAAUCGCAUUUAAUGUUGGAAUUUUUGCACAGAGGAAAUGCUGCAGUGAUGCAGUUCACUAAGUGGACCGGAAUGAAAUGUUGUGAUCUACUUAAUAAACAGCUUGGAUCACAAA